CUAAUCUACUUUUGCUGAAAAUGUAUCAAAGAGCAAUAUAUAGUUAUGCAGUCAUAGAGACAUUGGGUUAAACCUAAAUUUAGCAACAUUUAGUUUUCUUACCUCCAAUCAUGACUGUUGAGUUUGUAGGGAGAGAAAGAGAGAUAUAGAGGGAGAGAGAGAUAGGGAAGAAUACUUUUAGUUAAAUUGAUUCAUUUUUUUUGCAGUACUUAGGUUAUGCAGAGCCUUCCAAAAAAAACUCAGGUUAUGCAGAGCAUCUCUAAAUAAGACUCUUAAUAGAUUGAGUGGGAACUAUUUUUCUAGUCAAAGAGAAAAAGGCUGAUACAUCCUAAAUACUAAUUUUUAUGAAAGCUUCAUGCAUUUAACAUGUGUUUAACAUGUGACACAUGAACUGCAUGUUAUUUUAACACUCCCCCUCAAGUCAAAACCUCGAAAGCUUUAGCUUGUCAAUAUGUUUUUUGAAGAGAAUAAUAUGGGAUCACUAGACUCGUUUGGAAAGGCAACAUUGGGCUGCAUUUGAGACCAGAAAAGGAGAAUUUAGUGCUCUGACAACAGCUAGAGUGUGCUUUAGCUGAGUAUGGGAUGCCAACUGGAGAUUAACACAGCUGAGAGGCAGCAGCUGGAGAUCAACACAACUAAAAAGUUUAAACACCUGGAGAUUGAUGUUGCCGGAGGAUUUUGUGAAGUUGCCAAAAAAGUCACUGAUAUUUGAAGCUCACUGAAAAAGAUAGAUGAAAGUUUGCCUGAAACUCAUUAAGUUGGUAUCUUUACUAGAAUUGGGAAGAACUCCCCAAUUUACAGAAUACAACACACACACUGCAGAACUUUGAGGGUCUGCGCCUCCCAAUGCCAAGAGGCCCUAAUUUCCUCUCAAAUGACAACAUUAUUUUCCAGUUUGCAAUUUGCCAGCUCAGCCAAUUGGAUAACGACAUGCACUGUGUAGCAUCGGAGUGUGUUGCUUGUUUUUCCCUGGAGGCCAAAACCCCAAUACCCAAUACAACCUAUAAAAGUAUCUCUUAUCCGUGUAGCAUUGGAGUGCAUUGUUUGUUUUGUCCAGGAGGCCAAGACCCUAGUAGCCAACCAAACCCCUGAAAGUGGCUCUUAUCAUUCUGUUCCUGUCAUUUUGAUCUGCAACGUAAAAUUCCUGAUGGGCAAUAAAUCAGAUCCCAAAGCUGGUGCUACUGCUGUGCCCCCUCUCCGAAUUGGGAAGAGAGAGGGUGAGAAUGAAGAUGAGCAGCAAGUGACUGCAAAGAAGCAGAAGAGAGAUGAGGUUGCAGAGGAGCAAAGGAUUAUGGAUGAAAUUGUUUCAGAUGAUUCCUUCGCAGAUUUUGAACCAGAUAAGAAUUCUGAAGCUAAAAAAGACUCCCUCAGUAAACAGGAGAAGAAAGGAAAACCUGAUAGUGCUAACUGUUCCAGUUCUUUGGAGUCAUUGGCUGAUGGUUCUGAGGAGGAUGCAGGGAAUAUGGAUAUUGAUGAGGGUUAUAAUUCUGAAGAAUGUAGUGAAGGAACACAAGAGAAGAUGCAAGUUUUGCCUGUAAAAAGUUCAGAGAACAGUGAGAAAGGAAUUGAGGAAAAAGACUCUAAAGCUCCUCAAGAAAAUCCUAAAAUGCUAUCUACACCAAAUGAACGAAAUGCUGGAUCGAAGACAAUAGUAACUAGAAACUUGUCAUACAGUGUGGAACGAGCUGAUUUGGAAAAUCUUUUCAAACCGUGUGGAGAAGUUGUUGAUGUUCGUCUACAUACAGAUGCUGAAGGGAGGUUUAGAGGCUUUGGACAUGUUGAGUUUGCAACAGCAGAAGCAGCACAAAAAGCUCUUCAGUUAAAUUAUACAGAAUUGUUAAGAUGCCGCAUCAGAGUUGUUUUAGCUCCACAAAAGCAUAAGCAUACUGCCAAUAGAAGCUUCCAUGUUAAUUCUAGCAACUUGAGUCACUCAUUUCAAAGGAGUGAAAGAACUCAGCCUGUGAAAGCUUCAGAGAUUUCAGGGGACUGGGAACAAGAAACUGAGUCAAAAAUAAUUGCUAACUGCAAAGACCUAAGUGCUACUUCAAAGACAAUAUAUGCUUCAAACUUGGCAUACAGUAUGGAGAAGGAUGAUAUGGAGUUUCUUUUCAAAAAUUGUGGAGAAAUUGUUGAUAUCCGCCUACAUACAGAUCAUAACGGGCGGUUUAAAGGCCAUGGACAUGUUGAGUUUGCAACCACAGAAGCUGCACAAAAAGCUCUUGAAUUGAAUAAUAAAGUAUAUCUGGGACGUCCUGUUGGAGUUUUUAUUGCUAAAGGAAAGGGUGAAUAUACCUCCAAUAGAAGCAACUGGAGCAAGUCAUUCCACCAGAGUGAACAAACUAAGCCCAUCAAAAGUACAGAGAGUUCAGAGUACUGUGAGGAAGAGGUUGAGGGAAAAGCCUCCAAUAGUUAUUGGGAAAGUUCUAAAAGGGUAGCUACUCUGAAAGAACAAAAUGCUCCACCAAAGACAAUAUAUGUCAGAAACUUGUCAUACAGAGUGGAACAGGCUGAUAUGGAAAAUCUUUUCAAAGAAUGUGGAAAAAUUGUUGAUGUUCGUCUACAUCGGAAUCACAAUGGUAGGUUAAAUGGCUUUGGACAAGUUGAGUUUGCAACAGCAGAAGCUGCGAAAAAAGCUCUUGAGUUGCAUAAUACAGAAUUGUUGAGACGUCCCAUCGGAGUUGAUUUGGCUGAAGAAAAAGGUGAAUAUACCUACAGUAGAAGCAAUUUUAGCAACUGGAGCAACUCAUUCCAGAAGUGUGAAAGAGCUCAGUCUCCAACUGUAUUUGUGACGGGUUUUGAUAGUUCCCUUCCGGCAGAAAAGCUGAAAGCUAGCCUAGAAGAACAUUUUGGUUCUUGUGGAGAGAUUCAAAGGAUAUCAAUUCCGACAUUUCCUGAUUCUGGUGCUGUUAAGGGGUUUGCUCACUUGGGGUUCAAGGAUGUUGUAAGUGUGAGGAAAGCUCUACAUCUUGAUCAAAAUGAGCUAGGAGGUUUCCCCUUGAGAGUUGAAAAAGCAAAGCCUCGACGUGAUAACUGGGGUAUAGGCAGUGGCAGAGAUGGACGUGAUAACUGGGGUAUAGGCAGUGGCAGAGAUGGUGGUGAUCAUCAGUUUGGUGGAAGGGAUGGAAGUGGCUAUACCAGCAGAGUGGGUUGGGGGAGAAGUGGUGGUGGUGGGUGGCAUUCUCUUCAUUUUUCUGAUGAAGACUCGGGGAGGAAGAACCACUCUUACUGAUGACGAUUAUUGCAGCAGAUGUUGGGAAUUUUGGGUGGGUUAAUUGCAGUGUCAAUUGGAUUGCUUUUGUGGCUACCUCGUGAUUAUUGCAGUGUCAGUUGGAAUUGGAAAAUUGGGGGUCGGUGUUAAACCGAACUAAAUUGCUGUAGAACAACCUCAUUUUUUUUAGUUUGGUUCAUUUUUUGGAUCUUGUAAAAACUGAACCCAAUCAAAUUGAACCGAACAUUAUAUAUGGAUUUUUACUUAAUAUAUGUUUAGCAUUAUGUACUAUAAUUUUAAACUUUUGAUGGUUUAUUAUGUAUUUCUUUUUUGUAAGAUUUGUAAUAUGUGGUUUUUGUUGUGGUAUUA